AUGAUUAUCUCGGAUUCUUUGCUACCCCCUGUGGCAGCGGCUGAUGAAGUUGACACUUUGCAGAUUUGCUCGCCCAGUCAACUACUCAACACGGAUGUAGCGAAAGAAACUUUGAAGGAUUUGGACAUCCAUGACAAAUCUGUGGAAGUUCAGGUGGAGGAGACUGGAGAGGAUGGAAUCCAUAUUCCAGAACAUGAGGUGAUCACCAGACGGAGGCAAUUUCGAAUGAAAAAGGAGAGAACAGAUAAGAAAAAGUCAGAUCGAGAUGAGAAGAAGAUUGAAAAGCAAAAGAAAAAGGAUGAGAAGAGCAAGAAGAAGGAAGAGAAGAACAAGAAGAAGGAUGAGAGAGAUGCCAAAAAGGCAGAGAAAGAAGCAGUGAAAGCUGCAAAAGCAGCCAAGAAAGACAAGACGAAGAAAGCUGGUCGUACCUCGGCUGAGAAGACCAAAGAGAGGAAAAAGAAGACAUCGAAGAAACAGAAGAGUUCCAGCUCCAAGAUGGAGUACUCCCAGGCGUUGACAUCUGCUGGCACAUAUGGGGAGUCAGUAGUCAAGAGAGGCCAAGUGGAAGAGAUGAAGAUCCCCAGCAAGAAAGGCCAAAAGAAGUCAACGGCCAAGAGGACUGCCAAGAUCCAGACUGAGAAAAAGGCAAAGGAAAAUCACACAGAGGAAAUUGUGGUGGAAGGAAGUGAGAAGAAGAUUGAGGAAAAGGCGAUGGAGAAGACUCAGGAGGUUAUGGAUCAGAUUGAGGAAACGGCGGAGGAGAAGACUGAGCCAAAGGCGGAGGACACCGAAUCGAACCUUGCAGAAAAGGGAACAAAGCAGAAAGCAUCCAGAUCCAAGAACACCAGAGCUUCGGGAUCACACAAGAAGACUGCUGCCAAAUCGGCGGCAAAGCCCAAAGCAGCCUCUGGCAAAAAAGAGAAAGAGACGAAGAAGAAGAAGAACCAUGGAAAGAAGGAGACUGAAGAACAGAAGAUUCGACCAAAGAGAUCUCUGUCUGGUGAGGUUGAGAAAGCAAAAACCAAGAGCAACAGAAAGACGAAGAAUCAUGUGCACGCAAUGCCAGUUGAGGUGAACCGACUCGUUUGUGAGUGCGUCAAAGAGGUACUUAAGGAGUGUGAGGAUUCCAAGUGCACCCAUCCUACGUGGGAAAAGCCCAAGGAUGAUCUUGCGGAUAUCCAGCCCUACGCAUCCCGCUGUGCUUGCGGCAUCAAGGUUCCCAGGUCUUUUUUCCAGAAUGAUAAAGCCCAAGGGAAGGGAAAGGCCCAUGUAUGCUACUUCUCUUGCAAGACCUCAUGCCUCUACACCAAUUUGGUUCUUGGUGAAAUGUGGGUUUCUUGA